AUCAAAACUGGAGCUACAGUGCCGGGCAGUAUAUACACAGACCUGCGGGCCAGUGGUCACUUGCCAGAGGAGUUGCUCAGCGGUUAUAACGAUGUCAAUUACCGGUGGGUCUCGUGGGACAACUGGACAUAUGAGCGCACGUUUGACGCAUCUUGGUUCAUUCUUGGUCCAGAAAGGCUCUUCUUGGUGGCCGAAGGGGUGGACACAGUGUCCAAGAUAUACGUGAACGACCAGUUGGUCGGCGAGACUGUCAACCAAUACGUGCGGUACAGGUUUGACGUGAAGAAAGUUGUUAAAUACGGUCAGAACACUAUACGCGUGGCGUUCGAGUCGGCGCUAACCUACUCGCGCCGGCAGUCGCAAUGGUAUCACGACAAAUACCACUACGAUAUCAUACCUGGAUGUAUGGCUAAGGAAUACCACGGCGAGUGUCACAACAAUAUGAUUCGCAAAAUGGCCUCGUCGUACAGCUGGGAUUGGGGACCGGCAUUUCCCACACAAGGCAUAUGGAAACCCAUCGGUCUGGAGGCGUAUAGCGAGGCCGUUGUGCGGGACAUAGUUAUCGAGACCAUACCAGACAAGAGUUGGCCCUAUAAGUUUGAGAUCAACGCCGACGUUGUCAUUGAGUCGGGUCUCGGCGCGGGCGCCGCCUAUACCGCUGAACUAUCACUACAACUGAAUGAAUACGAACUGCUAUCGGGCCGGGAGUAUACACUGACACCCGGGCCGGACGGCACCAGUAAAGUGAAACUUAUAACUGGUGUGGAUGGUGCCGAGCCGUGGUGGCCAAACGGCGUGGGCAACAACACUCAGCAGUUGUACGAGCUAAAAGUGGUCGCCAAAUUUGAGAAGUCCCGCAGCGUGUCUGAACUGACCCGGCGUUUUGGGUUUCGGUCGAUCGAAGUGAUUCAAACACCGGUGCAGCCGAAGGGACUGACAUUUUACUUCCAGGUGAACGGACAGCCAUUUUAUGCCAAAGGGUCCAAUUGGAUACCCGCCGACAACCUCCAGGAGCGCAUCACACGUGACUACUUGCGUGGGCUGAUGCAGUCGGCCAGAGAUGCCAACAUGAAUAUGAUGCGCGUCUGGGGCGGCGGUGUCUACGAGUCGGACUACCUGUACGAGUUGGCCGACGAGUUUGGUAUUAUGAUUUGGCAGGACAUGAUGUUCGCCUGCAGUCUAUACCCAUCCGAUCCGGACUUCUUGGCCACCGUUGACCAGGAGGUGACACAACAGGUCCGUCGACUACAACACCAUCCGUCUAUCGCUUUGUGGGCCGGUAACAACGAGAACGAGAGUUGGGUGCGAUUGGGCAACAAGAAUGACACCGCACAGCAUAAAUCAGAUUACAUCGAGCUCUACAUUAAUCACAUCCGGCGCCGUAUACUCGCUGAAGACCUCAGCCGUACGUUUGUGGGCUCGAGUCCAUCGAAUGGGGCCGAAGAGGAACAGGAGGAUUGGGUAGCAGAACACGCGUCAGACACCCGUUACGGCGAUGUCCACUACUAUACGUAUGACAAACCCCUAUGGAAUUGGCGUCAAUACCCCAGCGGUAAGUUUGCCUCCGAAUACGGCUACAUAUCCUACCCGUCCGUCGAGACACUGUUGACUGUAUUGAACGAGACUGACCUGACGUUCCCGAUCAGUGCGGCGCUGGAGCACAGGCAGCACCACCCCGGAGGUACCAAAUCAAUCGAGAAGGCAAUUGCCACUUAUUUCAAACUGCCCUCGAAGGGUGGUGUCGAUCGGUUCGCCGAUUUGGUGUACUUAUCACAAGUAAUACAAGCGAUGGCUAUGAAAGUGGAGACAGAGUUUUACCGCCGCAACCGAGCGAUAGACCCGAAGACGGGUAACGGGAACACAAUGGGUGCCCUGUAUUGGCAGUUGAAUGACAUCUGGCCGGGCACUACCUGGGCGUCCAUUGAAUACGGGGGCAAAUGGAAA